GAUCUUCUGGUCGUACUUGCCUGGACUAUUAUACUCACGGCAGCUAUCAUUUGGCAAAUUGAAGGACGGGUUCUUUACGAGCUUUAUUCCAUCAGCGCUGACCUGGAAGUAUUCACACCGGCGUUCCUCCAAAGAUACAAUACCUUCAUGCGCUUUCUUGCGCCCUUGGAGAUAUUCUUCUACUCUGGUCUUUGGUGUAUCAAAUUUUCAUUCUUGGCAUUCUUCUACCGGCUGAGCUGCAAGAUCAAGCCUCUCCGCAUUUGGUGGUACAUGGUAAUGGUCAUCACCGCAGGGGUCUACAUUGCAUCAGUGGCAGAUAUCGAAUAUAAAUGCAGUUUUGGGGGUAUUGGAUACAUAAUCGAACAAUGCUCUCAGCUAGACCAUAUACACUACGAGAAUCGUAGUUUUUGGGCGAACUGUGCGGGCGAUGUUGUGACUGACAUGAUGAUUCUCUCUAUACCCGUUCUCGUGCUAUGGAACACCCGUAUCUCCCGCCGCAAGAAAGUUAUUCUGCUCAGCAUAUUUUCUGCUACUAUUUUGAUUAUGGUGAUUGCCAUCGUUCGGGUAGCCGUCGACAACACUCUCAACAGCGAGAUAAACAUCGCGUGGCUAUGUUUCUGGAGCUUUGUGGAGCUAUUUAUUACUGCUCAGAAUCGAAGCUCGAAAGGUAAAGGAAGCUACCAAAAUAUGUCUGGUCCAACAUCAAAGAGUCCCAAGAAUGUAUCAUGUCAAACUCAGUCACGAUGUGUGGGAGACGUUGGGCCACAUAUGAAUGAUGAUGUGCCGCUGUCACCAUUGAACAUUGUUUAUGUCCACCGUGGUUUUGAAGUGACGAGUGCUGUGAUGAGCAAUUCUGGCAAUGAUUAA